AAACCCCAUGACAGUUCACAAGAGCUAAUUAUAUCAAACAAUGAAGUGCUUCGCGAAAUUCAUCUUGCUGGUAGCUUCUCUACAUCAGCUAUAUUUUUCUGUCAAUUCCUUGGAAUGUCGCCACUGUAAUAGUCAAGAUUAUGACUCUGAUUGUCGCAAAGGGUCAGAAGAGAAGACUACAACAUGUACAGUAGCAGGGGAAGAUCACUGUUAUGCGGAAUACAUACUGAAUAAGGGACAAAAACCAUUAUACCGUAGAGGUUGUGCUCCAAGUGACUGGUGCGAACAACAAAUUGAUAACCAUGAUACAGCCCUCAAAUUCUGCAAAGUUUGUCAAGGCCCAAAAUGUAACGACGUACGCCUUGGUGGUAAAGAUCCUUCCCACAAAGCAUGUAAGAAAUGUUACAGCGAAACUAUCGAAAGUGAGUGUCGAAAAGGCCUAAGAGUAAUGGAUACUGAAGAUUGUGGGUCCGGGGAAACUUGUGUAUAUUCAUAUGUUAAUACCGCUAAAAAGGAUAUAUAUGAAAGAAGAUGUGGUAAGAGCAAUUAUUGCCAAAACUUGAAGGAAAAAUAUAGAAUGUCGUUGGAAACAUGCGAAGAUUGUGAUGAUGACUUGUGCAAUAAUGAGGCUAUGAAGUUUGCCAUAUGAAUUUUACUCUAUUUGUCCUCAUGUAUGAAACAUAUUAUUUUAUUUAAAUAAAUACAUCGUAUUGAUUGCAUUAA